AUGUUGUGUUCGUCGUUUACGUGUGUUAUGCAGUGUACAUUGGCGCACGCUACGUUUGUUAUUUGCACUCUUACACUGUUGAUCUCCACGGGGUUUUCUCCAAGUUCGUGCCGAGAGUUCCGUGCAUUAUUCACGCUGUCAAACUGGAAUGCUCCUUACAGCAAAGGACGGAUAGGGGCUGCGUAUCUUAUAGCGUUAGAGAAGGUGAACCGCGACCCAAAUCUGUUGGAUGGUCACCAACUCACGUAUACUCGGUUCGAUUCAACUGGAUAUGAUAUCACAACCAUGGCGAAGAUUCUUGACUUGUCAAAGCGUGAAAACUAUUGCGCAUAUUUUGGCCCCGUUUACUCCAUCGAAGCAGAACCAAUAUGCAAAUUAGCGAUGGUUUGGAACAAGGCGUACAUGUGCAGCAGUUGCCUCGACGACAUGUUUUUGAACAAAAAAUAUCGCUUCGAGACCAUGAUCCGAUCGUUUGGUACUUUUGGUCAGCUAGGUGGCUUCAUUAAUGCGAUUGCCGAAAAAUUUGAAUGGGAUCGCAUUGGUGUGUUCGUCGAAAAAAAUAGCAGCAGUCCCGGAACGAAUUUCUUCGAACAGCCGUCUUUGUCUUUUCGCGAAGUUGCUCUUAAAAAUAAUCUAACAAUUGCAGACUUCGUAUACUUCAAUAGUAGCACAGAUACUUUAGACUUAUUGAAGGAAAUGUCGACAAUAGCGAGAAUUAUUAUCAUCUCGGCCAGAGGGGAACACGUCAGAAAAUUCAUGCUACAUGCCUAUGAUUUAGGUCUCAUCAACGGGGACUAUGCAUUUUUCUGCAUCGAGUUCUUUAAACAGACGGACAUGUUUGGUGACUUCUCUUGGAAUGGCACGGAUGGACGGAAUGAAGACGCUAAAAAGGCCUACGAAGCGUUGUUCAUUUUAUCUUUCUACAAACCAGAGAACGAGGAAUUUGCUGCGUUCGCUGAAGAGGUCAAACAACGUUCUAAAGAUGAAUUCGAUUACGAGUAUGGACCAGACGAAGAGGUAUCUGUACUUGCCGGUAUAUCUCAUGACACUGUUAUUCUAUACGCAAUCGCUCUUAAUGAAACAUUGGCUGAGGGCGGCGAUCCUUACGAUGGAAAGAGCGUUGUAAGACGACUGUAUGAAAGGACAUUUAAAGGUAUCCAAGGUGACGUUACUAUUGAUGCAAAUGGGGACCGUGAUGCAGAUUUCAUGAUGUUUGAUAUGACCGACCCUGUUGCCGGCACAUUUGAAGUUGUCGGUCAUUAUUUUGGAUACAGCAAAACAUACAUGGAAGUCGAAGGACGCUCAAUCCACUGGCCAGCAGGAGCACCUGGGCCCCCUAAAGACGAGCCAGAUUGCGGUUUUUUCAACGAGUACUGCCCAGAGACAGUAAAGAAGUUCCUUUGUUUGUUAAUUAACCAUUUCGGAGGACGUAUAGAAUUACUUCGCAAACAUCAUGAUUGUCAAAAUGUCUUUCAAAGGAAAUACAAAUUACAGCAAGCCGUUGCAAAUAUGUUAUGGCGAAUCAGCUUCGAUGACAUAAUAUUGCACGGGAAAAUGGGCGCUACACAAGCCACGAUGAAGAUACGAAAUUUGUUUUUUUUGCAGACAUCAACUUUGUCAUUAAAGUCUAAUGCAGAUGUUGACCAAGUAUUCACAAAAACAUGCACAUAUAAGGGAAAUGUUUACGCCAUCAAGUUUCUCCACUCCGGGAAGCGGAUUGCUUUAACACCGAAUCUGUUAUUGGAACUUAAAUUGAUGCGUGAUUUGAGUCAAGUCAACGUGGUGAGAUUCAUUGGUGCUUGUUUUGAUGAAGUCGAGAGGAGCUGUUUGAUUACCGAGUACUGUCAAAAAGGCAGUCUCCAGGACACCCUGGAAAAUGACGCAAUUAAACUCGAUUGGAUGUUUCGAUACUCAUUGAUGCUUGACGUGUGCAAGGGCCUUGAGUACAUCCAGGCCAGUUUUCUUAAGUGGCAUGGUAAUCUCAAAUCAUCGAACUGUGUCGUCGACAGUCGGUUUGUACUGAAGUUGACCGACUUCGGCCUACAUGAAAUUCGAGCUAGUGCACCGACUGUUGUUCAGAAUGGCGGCGGUGUCUAUGGUGAAUACGAUGAGAACGAACACGCAAGGCACAUGCGAAUGCUCUGGAGAUCACCUGAGAUACUGAGAGGAGAAGCGCCCUCAUGUGGCACACAGAAAGCAGAUAUUUACGCCUUUGGAAUUAUUAUGCAGGAAAUAGCGCUGAGAAGUGGACCUUUCUACACAGAUGACAUCGGACUUUCGCCCAAAGACGUGAUUGAAAAAGUAAGAGCUAAUGAGAAUCCGCCAUUUCGUCCUACUGUCGGUGAUGGCGAAUGUCCUAAAGAUGUCGAUAUGCUAAUGACUCGGUGUUGGGCUGAAGAACCAACGGACCGUCCUGACGUGUCCCAAAUAAAAAACAUAGUGAGAAAGCUUAACCCUGCCACUAAAAAAGGAGACAAUAUACUGGACAAUUUACUAGCCCGUAUGGAACAAUACGCUAACAAUCUAGAAGGUUUGGUGGAAGAGAGAACAUCACAGUAUUUAGAGGAGAAGAAACGAGCUGAAGAUUUGCUAGACAGACUUUUACCGAGGUCAGUAUCCAAUCAGUUAAAACGUGGUAAGGAAGUAGCCCCUGAAUGGUUUGACGGUGUUACUAUAUACUUCAGUGAUAUUGUAGGCUUCACUUCGCUGUCUGCCAGUAGUACUCCAAUAGAGGUUGUUGACCUUUUGAAUGACCUCUACACCUGUUUUGAUGCAAUCAUAGACAACUAUGACGUAUAUAAGGUGGAAACGAUUGGCGACGCCUACAUGGUUGUAUCGGGUCUUCCUGUCCGUAAUGGUAAUAAACAUGCAUGUGAAAUAGCAAAGAUGUCACUAUCGCUGCUAGAUGGUGUUAAGACGUUCAAAAUAAGACACAAGCCUGGAGAACAAUUAAAACUUCGUAUUGGUAUCCACACAGGUCCCGUGUGUGCAGGUGUGGUUGGUCUUAAAAUGCCACGAUAUUGUCUAUUCGGAGACACGGUGAACACUGCCUCCAGAAUGGAAUCAAACGGAUUACCAUUAAAGAUUCAUUGCAGUGUAUCUACAAUAAAUAUAUUAAGUUUGGACCCAAGUUUUGAAACGGAAUUACGCGGACAAGUUGAGAUGAAGGGCAAAGGUCUUGUGACGACACACUGGUUACUAAGCUACAACGGUCCAGAUAUAUAUAUGAAGAACAAUAUGAUAUUAAAUAAUUUGAAAAGUGUUCAUUCAUAGCGGGCACUGUUUCACUCACUGUGUGGAGUGUAGUCCCCGGAUGCUAUCACACUGCGACAUACAUUUAGUGGCAGGCAAUCUUUACGUCAAGUUUCUUAUUGUCACAGUGAUGGAGAGUAGGAUCAGUUACUCUCCUAGAUCCCAACGCGAAUAAAGAAGAAACAUCUACUAUCUACCGGCCGCCAUUUUUUUUAUCGCGAUUCAGCCAAUAAUGAUGUCACAAACCACGUACACAGCUGAGGAAUCCAAGAUGGUCGAC